CACAUAUUUUAGUCUUUAUUUGCUUAUUAAUACUUUACCGAUUAAGCACUUCACUGUAAAAAAUGCCUAAAGUGGUUUCACGCAGUAUAAUCUGCUCAGAUUCUAAGGAUCAAGAAGAGUACAACGAAGAAACACCAUUAAAUAUAUACUAUUGUUUGUGUGGCAAAUUAGCCCUAAUUCUCGAUUGCAAUAUCGAAAAACUACCUCUAAGACGCACUGACGGAGCGAGAGUAAUAGACGGUAAAAUUCAUGCUCACAAAUUAACGUACCAGGAAGGUGAAACAGUGUACAUACGCCGUAAAGCGAAGGGGAUUGAGAAGCAACUUCGUUAUAAUUGUAAAUCCUGCAGUCUGCCAAUUUAUUAUCGCCAUGAUGCUAAAUCGGAUGUAACAUUUAUACUACAUCAUAGUUUGGUAAAAACGAAAAACGAUUUGCACCUAUCUUUGGAACCUUGCUGUACAAAACUUUCGAUACCGGGUAGCGAAUCUGAGAAGGUAAUGGUUACUCGGCAUACUAAAAAUAUGGGUAAAUUCAGUUCGGUGACCGUUUCUACAAUUGAUGAGGAAGAGGAUGAAAUUGAAGCGCGUGAAAUAGCCGAUAGCUACGCUAAUAAUGCUAAAAUUAUUGAAAAACAAUUGCAAAGAAAAAGUGGUGUCAAAUUAUGCGAAUUAGGUGGCCGCAGUAAAUGUGAAGACGGCGGGCCGGCUAACAAAAAGACUAGAGGUACUUUGUUGGAUGUAUAAUUUAGCAGCAAGGACAGUUCUUUUAAUUAAAAUAUGUUUGAAUGCGAGAUGUGUUUUUAUUUAAUUCAGGGCAAUAAUAACAUUACGAUUGACAUAUAUCGAGAAACAAUUAUUCCUUAUUAAGUUCUCUUACAAGAUUUCAGCAUUGUUGUUGUAAUAUGUUUAAAGGAUUAAUAUUAAAUUUUGUGUAUUAUUCGUGCUGCAAGUAGUGAACAAGAAAAGUAUUGGAUAUUCUACCUCCGCAGAAUAUUUAGGGCGGACUAAGCUUGCUUUUCAUCAUGAGAGAAAUGAAGUUUACGGAGUGUUAGAAGAAAAAGUGUAACCAAUAUAGGUAAUUUUUAAAACACCCACUGUGUUAAACGUAACAACAAAACUUAGAAUUCAUAUCAUCAUUCUAACCAUAUAAGCUAGAAUAGAGGAAGUUAUCACCCGUUUCCCUAAAUUUCAAGGCAGUUAACAUAAGUAAUUUUAAGUUAUCCCUUAUCUACCUUCAUAACUAACAUCCCCAUAUGAAUUUCUGCAACAGCAAACUUUCCAUGUUGUCAACAACGU